AUGAACAAUUCUCUUUCAUUAACUAAUGCAAAACACGAUCCUAAAGGGUUAAAAAAUCCUAAACUUACAAAUCAAGGACAACAAUUACCAACAAAAUCAAAACUUUAUUCAUCGAAUGGUGCAAAAAAUUAUUCAAUAAAUAUCGAUGCUCAACAACCACUUCUUCAAUUAGGAUUUCGUAUAAAUGAAAAAUUAAUUGGUACUGGUUCUUAUGCAAAAGUCAAAAGAUGCAUACGUGAAAUUGAUAAUAAAGAAUUUGCAGUAAAAAUAAUCGAUCGUGAUAAAGCUCCUGCUGAUUUUGUUAGUAAAUUUUUACCACGUGAACUUGAUAUUAUUAGAACAUUAGAUCAUCCAAAUAUUAUCAAAGUACAACAUAUCCUUGAAACAAAAUCUCUUACAUUAAUCAUUAUGGAAUAUGCAUCGAAUGGAGAUCUUCUUGAUUAUAUAAAUAAAACAACUCGUCUACAAGAAUCAGUUGCUCGACGUAUGUUUCGUGAAUUAUGUGAUGCUAUUUAUUAUAUUCAUUUUCGAAAUAUAUGUCAUCGAGAUUUGAAAUGUGAAAAUCUUUUACUUGAUAAUCACUUACGAAUUAAAUUAGCCGAUUUUGGAUUUUCUCGUUAUUGUGUCGAUCCUUCGCCAACUGAUAAUAAAAAGAAUAUAUUUGAAAAAAAGAUUUUAAGUCGAACAUUUUGUGGUUCGGCUGCAUAUGCUGCACCAGAAAUUCUUCGUGGUCAAGAAUAUAAUCCAAAACUUUAUGAUAUUUGGUCAGCAGGAUGCAUUCUGUACAUUAUGAUUUAUUCAAAAAUGCCUUUCGAUGAUUCUGAUAUUAAAAAAAUGAUCGAAGCACAAAUGACAAAAGGUGGUCUUCGUUUAGGUAGUGAAGGUUCAUCUGAAGUACAAGAUCUUAUUAUACGUAUGCUUCAACCUGAAGUAACACAACGAUGGCCUAUUGAACUCGUACAAAGACAUCCAUGGUUUACUAGACAAAUAAAUGCUGACAAUCAAGGAUCAUCAAUAUCUUAUGUAAAUACAACGACUACAAAUCGCGGACAAGCUCAAGGUGGUGUUCACCAAAUAUCAAAACGACAAGGAUCACCGAUUUAUGCAUAA